GUUGACGUUAAGUCACGAAUAAUGUCACCACUUCUCCUCCUCCAUCAUCAUCAUCACCGCGACGACUUUUUUAAGUUCCCUUUCUCUCUCUCUGAGAUUUUCCUCAAAAAGUUUUCUGAUCUCUUUUUCUCCAUCAAUCAUCACACUUCUUUCUAUUUAUCUCGUCCUCUCGUCGCCGAUUAUCUCUUUACCCUAAUCACUCGCAUUCCCAUCUUUAACAAAAUUUCUUCCACUUUCUUUCCGACCAAUAUUUCGUAGUUCGAUUGCCAUUUUUCCUUUUUUUGAGUUUACGCUUCCUCUUUCCGAUCACAUCCUUGAGAAGAGGAAAAUUUCGAAGUUAUUUGAUUCAUUCUUCCGACUGAGUUUCCCGCCAUUAUUUUGUUUGAUCGGAAAAUUAAAUGGAAAGAGUGAAUCUCGGAGGUUUAGGUUACGAUAAUGGCGGAGUUAUGAUGACUAGAGAUCCCAAACCUAGGCUCAGAUGGACAGCCGAUCUUCAUGAUCGCUUCGUCGACGCCGUCGCUAAGCUCGGUGGCGCUGACAAAGCAACUCCUAAAUCGGUUCUGAAGCUGAUGGGAUUAAAAGGUUUAACACUGUACCAUCUCAAGAGCCAUUUACAGGUCCAAAUUUAUACAAAUUUGAGUAUAUAAUAAUGUAUAAUGUCUACAAAUUGUUGGUUUAUAUUCUCUCUUAUGAUGUGUUUCUAUAUGCAGAAGUAUAGACUUGGUCAACAACAAGGCAAAAAACAAAAUAGAACAGAACAAAACAAAGAAAAUGCUGGAAGUUCAUAUGUGCAUUUCGACAAUUGUUCUCAAGGAGGAAUCUCCAAUGAUUCAAGAUUUGAUAACCAUCAAAGACAAAGCGGGAAUGUACCUUUUGCUGAGGCAAUGAGACAUCAGGUCGAUGCGCAACAACGGUUUCAAGAACAACUCGAGGUGCAGAAAAAACUGCAGAUGAGAAUGGAGGCACAAGGAAAAUAUUUGUUGACAUUACUAGAGAAAGCACAGAAGAGCUUACCUUGUGGUAAUGCAGGGGAAACAGACAAGGGUCAAUUCUCGGAUUUCAAUCUCGCACUUUCGGGACUUGUAGGAAGUGAUCGUAAGAACGAGAAGGCGGGUUUGGUUACUGAUAUCUCACACCUUAAUGGUGGUGAUUCCUCUCAAGAGUUUCGGUUAUGUGGAGAACAAGAGAAAAUAGAAACCGGAGAUGCAUGUGUUAAACCAGAAUCCGGGUUUGUGCAUUUUGAUUUGAACUCCAAAAGUGGGUAUGAUCUCUUGAAUUGUGGGAAAUAUGGGAUUGAAGUGAAGCCAAAUGUGAUUGGAGAUAGACUUCAAUAGGUUAAAGAGACACUUUCUUUAAUUUUUUAUUUUAUUUUAUUAUUUCUUUACAUUUCUUAUAGAAUGUUACAAAUUUGGCUUCAUGGUUUCUCAGUCAAAUAUCAAGAACAUAUUUGAAGUCCAAAGUAGUUGAUAUCAGCUAAAUACGGAAUAAUUGGGUUUAACUAAAUAAGUUAUUUUUGUGAAUAAUAAAGUGUAGCAUCUUCUCUCGC